UUCCAUAUUUAUCUCUUUCGUUAAUAAUUGUAGUGUCUUUUUGUGCGUAAAUGCCAAUAAAUUACAGUUCUGCAGCUCUCUUGUACUUCCUGACCCCGCCAAAUCCCUACCUUCCCAAUCGAAAUCCACUUAUCCUGAGGAAAAGGAAAGAAACGAAGAGAAAAUAUCAAAUCAAAUCGAUCAAAAGAGAUGGAUUCCUCUUUAUCAGCAGAAAUAAUUGGCAGCAAUGAAGAUCUCAUCACCCAAAUCCUGUUACGGUUACCAGUGAAACCUCUUCUCCGUUUCAAAUCUGUGUCCAAACAAUGGCUCUCUCUCAUUUCCACUCCUCAUUUCUCUUCUCUCCACACCCUCCGCAACCCAAAUCACACAAUCUCUGCCCUCUUCUUGCGCAAUUCUCCUCUCGAAUUCAAAUUCCUCUCUCUCUCUUCUUCUUCUUCUUCUUCUUCCUCUUCUGCUUCACCGCUUUCUUUUGAUCUUUUUCACGGAAUUAAGAUUCUCCAGUCUUGCAAUGGCCUUCUUCUCUGUUCUACUUUACCUAAAAUCGGCCAAAAACGAAACUAUUACAUUUCAAAUCCCACCACCAAACAGAUGUUUACACUCCCUUCCCUUGUUGGCGAUGCAAAUGCAGCAUCACCCACUACUCUAUUUGGACUCAAUUUAGCUUUUGACCCUCUCAAAUCAUGUAACUACAAAGUCAUUUGUGUUCGCUCCACGACCAAUUCAAUAUACCAAUACCAAAUUGAGACAUACCAAUCUGAAAUUGCAGCAUGGAGGCUAUCUGGGUUGCCUUUUGUUGCGCCAUUCGACAUGGUCUUUGAUAAUGGCGUGUUCUGGAAUGGUGCUAUUCAUUGGAUUAGUGCUACAGGGAAUGCUAUAUAUUUCGAUAUGGAUAGAGAGUGUAUUAGUAGUAUGCCAAAACUUCCCUUUUCAUAUGAAUGGGGAAAGAGAAGGUUUAGAUAUUUUGGCGAGUCAGAUGGCCAUCUGCAUCUUAUUGAAAUUUACGGCCUGCGUACUACUCAGUUUAAUGUGUAUGAAAUGGAAAAAGAUUACUCUUUUUGGCGUAUUCGGUAUCGGGUGCAGUUGGAUCAUGUUGUGGCUGCAUUCCCGGAGAUGGUUAGGAGCUAUCUUGAUGCUGGAGAUUCGAAUUACUAUGCUUUUGUUGUGCUUUCUCUUGUUGAAGAAGAUGCUACAGAAGAGUCAUCACUCUUGCUGCAUAUACCAGGUAAAGUCAUUUCUUAUAAUUUGAAGAACAAGACUUUCAAGAAAGUCUGCGAGUUAUCAUAUGGUACUGGUGGAAGUAGAACUAAAGAAUCAUUGCAAUUUGGAUGGCUUGAUGCCUACCAAUAUAUUGAGACAUUGGCUUGUGUUUGAUGAUUAUUAGUAUUUCUUUUUGGGAACUCAAAGCUUGUUUUCUUGAAAUUAUUUGUAAGAUGUGACCCAUAUGAGCAUAUAAGUUUGUUCCUUUUUCACUUGAUCCCUUUAUGUAAAUUUGAGUUGAAAACAAGGGAUUAAGAAACUUUCGUAAUUGCUCUGCAAUUGAAAGAUGAAAAAUUCCUUAUUUAGCUGGCAAUUCAAAGCUCAUAUAAUAAUUGUGUUACAAGGCAUUCCUUGAGGUGGAAUUUCUGUGAUAACCUGGUUCGUGUGC